AUUUGCUCCGUGAGUGCGCAUCCAAAUCCACUCGUCCUCUCCUGCACCAUGGACCGCUACCAGGUCGCCACGAUCCUCGCGCCCGCGCAAGGCGGCGACAUCCUCCUCUGCCGCCACAAAGCCAGCCACGUCCCGUACGUGAUCAAGCGCAUCGCGCGCACGCCAUCGACCAAGGACAACAUUGCCAUGGAGCUCCACGCGUACUCGCUGCUCCACGACCGCGAGACGCACCUUCUCGGCGCCGACCACGUUCUCCAGAUGGCCGAGGUCUUUGAAGAAAAAAAGCAAGUGCACUUGGUGCUCGAGUAUUGCGCGCGCGGCGAGUUUUACAAUCUGCUGAAAGCGCAGCCGCAUGCGCGCUGCGAGGCGUCCGAGGCCCAGGGCUACUUUGGCCAAAUCGCCCAAGGUCUCUACUACAUGCACGACCACGGCGUCGCGCACCGCGAUCUUUCGCUCGAAAACAUCUUUGUCGACGGCAACGGCGCGCUCAAGAUCGGCGACUUUGGCCUCGCAGUCUCGUUUCCAAGUGUCGCGGCCAAAGCCUGCGGCAAGCUCUACUACAUGGCGCCCGAAAUGCACACGCACCCGGACGGGUACGACCCGAGCAAGGUCGACUUGUGGUCGCUCGGUAUCGUGCUCUGGAUGCUGCUCACGGGUCUUCCGCUUGUGAGCAACUCGAGUAUUGGCGACGAGACGUUUUUGUACCUCCAGCGCCACGGCCUGCGCGCGCUCGUGCGUGCGUGGCAGUUGACCUCACUUGUGCCGGACGAUGCGCUCGACUUGCUCGAGCGCCUGCUUGUCGCGGACCCGGCCAAGAGACUGAGCAUGCCAGGUGUCUUGAAACACCGCUACUGCGCUGCGACGUCGGUCGCGUAGCUGCAUGUGUCGCGUCUAUUUAUUAUUUAAUACAAACUUACAUCAACAUC